AGGAGUUUUUCGGAGCUGUACAUGCUAUCUCUGCAGGAGCCCAGCCGGCGGGGGGCCCCAGAGCCAGUGCCGGAGGAGGCCGCGGGGGUGGCCCUGCUGCCCACCACAAAGCAGCUGCUACAUCUGUGCCUUCAAGAUGGCGGCGGCCCUGCAGGGCCCAGGGAUCUUGCCGAGGAGAGGACUGAGUUCCUGCACAGCCAGCACUCACCGUCACCCCGCAGCUCCCUCUUGGACGAGGCCCCGGUCCUGGCUACCACCACCCCAGACCUCCUCCUGGCCACCACGGCCAAGCCUUCCACACCCGGUGCUGACAGGGACAUGCCCCUCGCCCAGGACGGGCCAGACAGUCCCGGUGGCUCUGAGGAUAAGGGGGACCCAGCUCCGGAACUGAGGGCUUCCUUUUUGCCAAGAACUUUGUCUCUGAGGAACUCCAUCAGCAAGAGAACUCUCUCCCUGCGGGGAGGCGAGUCUUAG